AGAAGAAUGAGUAAAGCCUUGAGCUGACACAGCGACAGCGACGAUGACCAAAAAAAAGUCAAUGAAGCACAAGAAAGAACUAAAGAAAGAAAGACCAUCCACAUCCUCUUGUGAAGAUCAGGAAGAAGAUGACCCAAAGAGAUCUGGCAGUUCUAAGAGCAAAAGCAAGCAUAAUCAUGCUCACAGACGGAGCACUGGCAGCCCUCGGUCUCCAAGAGAAGAUAGCGUCAAGACAUUUAAACACAAACAGUCAGAUGAAAAGAAACAGAAGUUCUCUCGGGACAGUGAUGGAGCAUCACAUGACUCAGGGAAACACUCUUCAUCUAAACAUCAUUCCUCAUCCACAAGGAAGACCUCAAGCAGCAGCUCCAGUAGCCAAGCUCCAAAAUCCAAGCCUGUUUCCGAAACUGUAAGCAAACACUCAGAGGAAGUGAUUGAAACGAGAAGGCCUGCUCCAAAACAGUCCCAUCCAAAAAGCAGCCAAGACUGGUCUCUCACUGAGGAACAAAGGAAGAAGCUCCUGAAGAGAAGGUCCUCCAAGCAGGAGGAUGAUUACCCUGUACCAAAGCGCCAUUCCAGACAGGAACGGGCUGAUGGUGGCACACACAAAAAGUCUGACAAGCUGUGCCAAGAUGGAAAGGAGUUGGAAGUGAGAAAGUCUAAGAAGUCAGGUGAAGAUCACGUCUCGGAAUGGAAAUGCCAGGAUGGAGAGGAGCUAGAGGUGAAAAAGUCCAAGAAGUCAGGUGAAGAUCAUGUCUCGGAAUGGAAAUGCCAGGAUGGAAAGGAGCUGGAGGUGAAAAAGUCUAAGAAGUCAGGUGAAGAUCAUGUCUCUGAAUGGAAAUGCCAAGAUGGAGAGGAGCUAGAGGUGAAAAAGUCUAAGAAGUCAGGUGAAGAUAACGUCUCUGAAUGGAAAUGCCAAGAUGGAAAGGAGCUGGAGGCGAAAAAGUCUAAGAAGUCAGGUGAAGAUCACGUCUCUGAAUGGAAAUGCCAAGAUGGAAAGGAGCUGGAGGCGAAAAAGUCUAAGAAGUCAGGUGAAGAUCACAUCUCGGAAUGGAAAUGCCACGAUGGAAGGGAGCUAGAGGUGAAAAAGUCCAAGAAGUCAGGUGAAGAUCACGUCUCUGAAUGGAAAUGCCAAGAUGGAAAGGAGCUGGAGGUGAAAAAGUCUAAGAAGUCAGGUGAAGAUCAUGUCUCUGAAUGGAAAUGCCAAGAUGGAAAGGAGCUAGAGGUGAAAAAGUCCAAGAAGUCAGGUGAAGAUCACGUCUCGGAAUGGAAAUUCAAAAGUGAUGAGAAAACAUGGACCGAAAGCUUAUCCAAAGAGCCUCCUGUGGUCAGCAAACCUCCAGCAUCUGAAGUUACACCAAACGUUUCACAUCAAGGUGGUCAUAAAGUACAGCAUGAGCCUGCACUGCAUUCAACCCUCAAAGCCAAAACCUCAUCCAAACUUGGUCUUCCAAUUACUUUCAAAAUUCCAAAGAAGCUUAGUGUUUUAAAGGCACGGACAGAAAUUUGGGACGCAGCCCUUGCUGAGAAAAAACCUUCCUUUAUUGGUAAACAUGCGUCGCUUGUUUCCGCAAAGAAACAAUCUCCGUCUUCCAAGGCUGUCCCUCAGCCGACUGUACAAAGACCUCCUAAAGUUUCUUCUCAGGUUCCUCUUUACUCCGCUCCUCAAAAACCUUUCUGCUUACCAGAAGAUAAGUUACUACAUGACAGAGAAACAAAAGACACAAGCUCUCCAAGCAAAACUCCACCUGUGGUAAAACAUGUUAGUCAUCAGACCAUUUCUGCUGAGCCCACGGAAAAUACUGAUGAUGACCAGGAGAUGCAGCUGGUUGAGGAGUUGCACCAGGCGCGCACUAACAGACAACUGCAGGUGAAUGUAGUGGAGAGCUAUGGAGAGCUUACCGGCAUGGAUGUGGAUCCACCAGAAGAGGGCACCACUGUUACAUUCAGUCAGGAGCCGUGCCAGAGAGACGUCCUCAUAGUUCUUGAUACCAACGUUCUGCUUAGUCACCUGGACUUUGUAAAGAAGAUAAGGUCCCAUGGACUUGGAGCGCUAGGAUUUCCAAAACUGCUGGUCCCCUGGGUGGUUCUGCAGGAGCUGGACUCUUUGAAGAGUGGAAAACUGUCCAAGGAUGUGGAGCGCAAAGCUCGGCCGGCCGUCGACUACAUCUACAACUGUCUAAAGAACCAGGAGCCACGUCUCUUAGGCCAGUCUAUGCAGCUAGCCUCCCAGGCUGCCUAUGGCCUGAACACUGCCAAUAAUGAUGACCGAGUGCUGCAAUGCUGCCUGCAGUAUCAGAAGUUGUAUCCAGAUGGCGCUCUCAUCCUGUGCACUAAUGACAAGAACCUGUGCAGUAAAGCUCUGCUGAGUGGAGUGAAGACCCUGAGUAAAGCAGACUUACAGCAGCAGGCUGAAGUGAACCCUGCACACUUCAACUACAGCUACAGCUCUUCUGAUGCUUCUCCAUUUGUUACCCCUGUCAAGGAAGGCCAGAAUGAAAGGUCGAGAAGGGCAAAUGAGGAGGAAGAGGUGAACAGGAGGAAGUCAGCUGUCAAAGAGCGAGAACUGAGUGAAUGUGUGUCCAUGCUGGAGAGCAGUUUGCGGAGUUCUCUGGCUGCGGUACUGGAGGAAGAGAUGAAGGCUGCGUUUGGAGAACUGUGGACAGAGAUAGUGUACGUGAAGCCUCCAUGGACUCUGGAGGGUCUGCUGCAGUGUUUUAAGAAGCACUGGAUCGCAGUAUUUGGGAACAUCAUAAAGAGAACUCUGCUCGGUUGUGUUGAGACGCUCAGCAGUUGUUUUAAGACAGAUGAGUCAGUGGAUUGCAGUUCUAUUCUGUUGGCUGUGUGUGCUGCUGAAGACCUGCUUACAGCACUGAGUAGCAGAUCUGCAUACAGAGGCCAUGUACACUCAACCCUGUCUUGUCUCAAGUCUUUACAUCAAAGGCUACAAGCUCAGCUUCAGCAGACGCCAGCGGAGGACACUGAUGGUGAUACACUGAUGGCGGAGGCUGUCGAGGAUGUCGCACCACCUCCACAGGCUUCCCAUCAAGAAGUGUGGGCUUUGUUCGAGAAUAUCUGGAAUAAUGUGUGCAACGUCAGCUCAGCCCUGUUCACAGCAUUACACUUCUCUCCUGGCUCAGAAGAUUCUGUGCAGCACCUUCACACUUGCCCUCCUCAGGAUGCCCUUAACUGCCUCCACAGGCUCUCUGCUGCUCUCGGGCAGUUGCUUGAAGCUUUUCAGAGGUUACUUUCUGUAGACAGCACUGUAGAAGACGCUCAGGCUCUGCUUGCCUUUAUUCAAACUAGUACGAUUGCUGCCAUGGAACCACGAUUUAAUGCCCAGGACCUGCUUGAGUGCCUGUCUCAUCAGGAAUACAGAGAGAAGCUGUGUGUAGGAGGAUCCCAAAUGAUGGAGCUCAAAGCCAAUCUGGAUCGAUGUGGAAAGUGUUAUGAUUAAAUCUGGUUAGCGCUCAUCCUGAUGUUCAGCAUUAUUGAACUGUAGUAUAUCUCUGCCUCUUUUUAUAUGAGGCCUCUUCUUUUUUUACCACUCAAAGUUUUAAAAUAAUGCUGUUGUUUUUUUUUUAAAUGCUCCAACGACUCUACACAACUCCUGUCUGUGGUUUAAAUUUGGUUUCUAAUAGUAUAUUGCAACCAGAAUGUACAACAUUGAUGUAGGAGAAAAGCAACAUCCACUCUUUGUAUAGCCAGUUUGUAGUGGAUUAACCAAGAGGUAUUUGGUGCCCGGUGUUUGCUUUAUUAUUUUGCUCUGGAACUUUGAUACUCUAAUAAUAAAUGGACC